AUGAUGAUAAAGUCGGUGACUCUUCGUUCGUUUCCUCUUCCUCUUGACUUCAACGGAAAAGCUAAGCUCGCCGAACCGUCGUCAACUUCUUGUUUUCCGGCAAGAUCUUUCCCGGUGGUUCGGUGCUCAAGCACGAGAGACGUGCCUAAGCUUGAGCUCUUCAGCCGCGGAAAAUUCGACCGGAUUCUUCAAGAUCCGCCGUUAAUUCAAAAAGCCGAGUCCGAACUCUCAGAUUAUUGUUCAACACUCGAAGGUGAUGAUUCUUACAGCUGUUGGAGAGCUUACUUCGAACUCAAGGAUCUUGAAAGAGAGAAGCCAAAAGUGGAAGUUGAGAAUCUAAUCUUGCAAACAGGCGGCUUAAAAUCUCUGAUCGGCUGUUUACAUGGAGUUGCUUCAAUGGAGAAGGAAAACAAAACCAAGAACGGUUUAAAGGGAGCAGCAGAGCAACCAGAUUCAAAGAAAGGGAUGAAGAUACACAAUCAUAUUCCUGAUGGUUUACCAAAAUCUCAAGAAGAAUUAGAGGAAGAAGAGAGCUCGAAAAUGCCGGAUUCGGCUUUCACAAGAUUGCUUAGAGCAAAAGGAACUAUCCCUGCUUGGUUCUCUCACGCUCCUGACCACGAAACAGACUGA